UGUUUAAGAGGAUUCCUGAUUUUCUUUACUCGUUUUGUACUUAAUUUAGGAAAACAAUGCUACCAGUGAUACUUGGGCCAACCUACAACCACACAAUGGAGUCUCCUGCCACCUUCAUGCUUGUGGGCAUUCCAGGUUUGCAGUCUUCCUAUCUGUGUCUGGCUAUCUUCCUGAGUGCUAUGUACACCAUAGCCCUGAUAGGAAACACCCUCAUCAUGACUGUGAUCUGCAUGGAUUCUGCUCUCCAGGAGCCCAUGUAUUGCUUCCUGUGUGUUCUGGCUGCUGUGGACCUUGUGAUGGCCUCCUCUGUGGUACCCAAGAUGGUGAGCAUCUUCUGCUCUGGAGACAGCUCCAUCGGCUUCCAUGCUUGUUUCACUCAGUUGUUUUUUGUCCAUGCAGCCACAGCUGUGGAGACAGGACUGCUGCUGGCCAUGGCUUUUGACCGCUAUGUGGCCAUCUGCAAACCCCUACACUACAGUAGGAUUCUCACCCCUAACGUGAUGCUGGGAAUGUGUGUGACCAUCAUCAUCAGAGCUAUCAUAACUAUGACUCCAUUGACCUGGAUGCUGACCCAUCUUCCUUUCUGUGGCUCCAAUGUGGUUCCCCACUCCUACUGUGAACACAUGGCUGUGGCUAAGCUGGCGUGUGCCGACACCAUGCCCAGCAGUCUCUACAGUUUGGUUGCUUCUUUUCUUAUCGCAGGUUCUGAUUUGGUCUUCAUUGCUGUUUCCUAUGCCUUAAUUCUCAGGGCAGUAUUUGGUCUUUCUUCACAUGCUCAGUGGAAGGCAUUAAGCACAUGUAGUUCCCAUGUAGGGGUGAUGGCCCUGUUUUAUCUCCCUGGCAUGUCAUCUGUCUAUGUUGCCUGGCUAGGGCAAGACACAGUGCCUUUGCACAUACAUGUUUUGUUAGCAGAUUUGUACCUGGUCAUCCCACCCACCUUAAACCCCAUCAUUUAUGGUAUUAGAACCAAAAAGAUACAGGAGAGAAUAUGGAGAUUGAUGUUGUACUUGUUCUUUAAUCUCUCCAGUCAGCGUUCAUGAACACAACAGACCUGUCCCUAUUAUUUUAGCUUUCCAGCCAACUGCAAAACAAGUACACAGGCCUAUGGAGGUGGAAUUGCUUCCCUAGGAGUGAAGGACCUCUUAAGUGAAGUUGUAAGAGUAUCCUUGAAUGAAUUUUCUGCAGAAAUGUAAGUGUAUAUAGGAUGAUCUGGAUGUUCUGACAUUUAUAAUGGUUUUAUUUUGUGUAAGAAUCUGGGUUGCGAGUAUACACUUGGGAUUAUGUUAUCUUCUGACCCACAUUUCUAACACUGAUAUCCUGCAUGCCCUGUGCUUUAACUAUCUUCUCCCCCACUGCAAUCUCUCCUG